AUGGCAAUCUUGAGAAAAAAUGGAGUACCUGAGUCAAAUAUUGUGACUUCACUAACUUGCUAUCCCAGAACAAUGACAUAUAAAAAUGACCGGUUCAAACAGAGACUAAAGGAUAUUCAGCAAAUGGGUUUCGAUCCUUCAAAAUACUUGUUUAUUAUUGCUCUCCAUGGAUUUGCAUCAAUGAACAAAUCGACAUGGAAGCAGAAAUUGGAGGCUUAUCAAAGGUGGGGCUUUUCUGAGAAAAAGAUUCUCAUGGCAUUGAGGAGGUAUCCUUGGUCUAUGACACUGUAUGAAAAGAAGAUUAUGAGCCAUAUGGAUUUCUUUGUUAAAAAAAUGGGUUGGGAAUCGGCAGAUAUUAUGAGGAACUCAAAAAUUCUCGGGUUUAGCUUGGAGAAGAGAGUUAUCCCAAGGUGUUCAGCUGUUCGAGUUUUGCAAUUGAAAGGUCUAGUGGAGAGAGAUCAUAGUAUCAGAACUGUGUUGAUAAAGAGUGAUAAGUCAUUAUUGGAGAAGUUUGUAACCAAGUACGAAGAGAAAAGGAAGAUUGGUCUGCCAUAA